UCCAUUUCGCGCGGAGUGGCCCGAUUUCAGGGGUACGAUGGGUCCGCGUUAGGGAUAGGAAAGCCGAGUGGCCUCAUGGCCCCGCAGGGAGGCGCCCCCCGACUGGUGCUGCUGUUUAGCGGGAAGAGAAAAUCCGGGAAGGACUUCGUGACCGAGGCGCUGCAGAGCAGACUUGGAGCUGACAUCUGUGCUAUUCUCCGGCUUUCUGGCCCACUCAAGGAGCAGUAUGCUCAGGAGCACGGCCUGGACUUCCAGAGACUUCUGGACGCCAGCACCUACAAGGAGGCCUAUCGGAGGGACAUGAUCCGCUGGGGGGAGGAGAAGCGCCGGGCCGACCCGGGCUUUUUCUGCAGGAAGAUCGUAGAAGGCGUCUCCCAGCCCAUCUGGCUGGUGAGUGACACACGGAGGGUGUCUGACAUCCAGUGGUUUCGGGAGGCCUAUGGGGCUGCGAUGCAGACGGUCCGCGUGUUCGCCUCGGAGCAGAGCCGGCAGCAGCGGGGCUGGGUGUUCACGCCAGGGGUGGAUGACGCUGAGUCAGAAUGCGACCUGGACGAUUUUGGGGACUUUGACUGGGUCAUCGAGAACCACGGAGAUGAGCAGCACCUGGAGGAGCAGUUGGCCAACCUGCUGAAAUUUGUCCACUCAAGACUUUAUUUGUCAGGCUCUCGAAGUGAGCUGGGCGUGCUGGGCUGGGCAUGGGGUUGGCUCUGCAGGAUGUGGGGGUCCCAACCCUGACCAAGGUGGGGGAGCAGACAGGGCCUGUCCAGAUUUCUUGGGGCGAGGGCGGGUGGUUGUCAGGCAAGUUAGGGAACCUUGAGGGAGCUGGCUGUCUGGGGAGAAGGCCCCCGACUUCCCUGCCUCCUCAGGAGGACACUUAGAGGGCACAGGAGGGAGAAUUCUGUGUGCUUGAAGCAGGAACAAGGCCAUUUCCAUGGGAGCCAGGCCUGUUGGCUCUGGUGGCCCCACGUCCCUGUCUGGAUGUUCUCAGCCCCUUGUUCUGGGCAAGGACCCAGAGCUCCCUAGUGUGCUUACUAAUAAACCUCCUUGGAACACA